AUAAGGAACUUUUUGUUUGCGAUUAGACUUCACGAUCACCACGAACUAACCCCACCAACAUCAUCACAUUCAUUCACUAUGGCACGGCAAGUAGAACCAGAGGAGCGCAAGACGGUCGGAAUCAACAAGGAGACGGUGACAAACACAGUGUCCACCGACUUCCCCGACAACUACCCGGACGAGGACCAGAGUUGGGACAAAGACUGGUUUGCGCAACAUCUGAGGAUAGAAUUCCACCAGAAUGACCAGUACGAAGCACAGUUCUCUCUGAUUGGCGUUGACGCCUCCAUCGCAAACGCCUUCCGUCGCAUCCUGAUCUCCGACAUCCCCACGCUCGCCAUCGAAACCGUCUUCGUCAACAACAACACCGGCGUAAUCCAAGACGAAGUGCUCGCCCACCGCUUGGGCCUCAUUCCCUUCACUGGAGGCAAAGAGGGCAUCAGGGAUUUUAUGACGUGGUGGCACAAGCCCGCCGAAGGAGAGGAUACAUACUCUACGACCUAUGAUCACAACACAAUUCAGCUCAAGUUGCAAGUCAAGUGCGAACACAACGAGGAUGCCGCCGCUGGCGAGACCGACCCCUUGAAGCUUUACCACAAUGCACACAUCUACGCCAAGGAUAUCGUCUUUGAGCCUGUUGGAAAGCAGGACAAGUACUUCUCCGGCGACGACGUAAUUAGGCCCACGAACCCAGAUAUCCUGGUCGCAAAGCUACGACCUGGUCAGGUCAUCGACAUCGAAAUGCAUAUGCACAAGGGCGUCGGCUCAGAUCACUCCAAGUACUCUCCUGUCGCAACAGCCAGUUACCGCUUGAUGCCAACCAUCAAGAUUACCCAGCCCAUUUUGGGCGAGGACGCCAAGAAGUUCCAAGAGUGCUUUAUGCCCGGUGCUAUCAAGCUGGAAAAGGUCACCAAGAAGGUUAUCAAGGCAGAUGCGCAGUACGCAGGCCACGAAGGCGAGAUCAUGGCCGUGGUCGAUAACCCCAUGUACGACACUGUGAGCAGAGAAGCCCUAAGACAUGAGGAGUUCGAAGGCAAGGUCAAGCUUGGCAGAAAGAGAGAUCACUUCAUCUACUCGAUCGAGAGCACAGGUCAGUGGGACAGUGACGAGCUAUUCCUGGAAUCCGUACGCAGCCUGAAGAGCAAGACCAAGAAGCUGCAGACCCAAGUCGAGAACAUGGUCUACACCUACUCGGGUUAGGGUAUGAGAGGUGCAGGAUCCUGAUUUAUUGCAUGGAAGUGUUGCGUUCCAUUUGGCUCUGGCUUCUUUGCAUGUGUGAUAUACCAUAGAGGGGCGUUCGAUCGGAAAAUAACGUUAAUUGAGAUUUACUCUUUGCAGUCCUCGCCUUUUAUAGACACCAGUCUAAUGAUUGUCAAUGUAAGUGAG